UGUAACAACAUGAUUACGUACCACUACGACUGGUGUCUGCAAGUCGUCAAUGUCACGUUCCUAGUGCUUUUACUGCCAAUUUGUGUCAAAUUGCAACCCAUUUAAAAUGUUUAAAUUAACUUGUUCACUCGUAAACUCUUUGAGUAGUGCUUGUCUACAAUUGUCUGCCAAAGGAACCUCGUUAAGCAGUAGAACGCUCCAUAGCGCCGCCGUCCGGCUCCAGGAGGCAGCACCACACAAAAAAGACUCAUCUGUAGCUUCCAGAGACUUUACCUACUUCCCUCCCCUGCCUGGCCAGGACAGCCCACUCAGCUGGGGUGGAAAGAAGUUUGAGGAGUUGCCCAUCCUGCACAUCAAAGCUACAUAUAAUAACACACACAUCCAGCUGACAGACUGUGAGGGCAAGUCUUUGGUCAGAACUUCGUGUGGGACAGAAGGCUUCAAGAACAUCAAGAAGUCCACGCCAGUCGCCGCACAGACCGCCGCCAUCGCCGCUGCGGCCAAAGCGACAGCUAAAGGGGUGACAUUUGUUCGCGUCAUCGUCAAAGGUCUCGGUCCAGGUCGCUUGUCGGCCAUCAAAGGCUUGGGCAUGGGGGGGUUGGAGGUGGUCUCUAUCACGGACAACACGCCCGUGCCACACAACGGCUGCCGACCACGCAAAGCCCGGAGGAUAUGAUUAAAAAAAAAAAAAAAAAAAAAGCCUAACUGUAUUUUGUUUCAAAUUUCUUGUCCAGUGUGACAAUUAAGCAUCAUCAAAACAUGGACACGGCCGGUUGUCAUGACGACUCAAGAAGCAGACGGCUUGAAAGCCAGAAGAACCUGCACUUGACUUUUUAUUUGAAUUAUUUACAUGACGCACUGUUACCAAGACAACAACAAAAUCAUCUUUUUGGAUGUUCAUAUAAAUAUAGUGCCGCGACUUGUGCGUUUAUUUCAUGAAUGACAGAUUAUUCUUGCAGUCAGGACGUGCAGCGAGAGACGCUUAAUGAUAAGAUUGUCCUUCAUUAUCCGGAUCAAGUCAACGACACAGUCGAGAUUAAAACCAAAUAUGCGAAAAAGUAUUUCUCAUGAAUAUGAACCGACAGGAUAUGAUUAGAUUGACAGCAUGACAGGCGUAAAUUGCACAGCAGACCGGGAUGCCAUCAGUCGACAUCACAUUGGAUCAAAUGGAAGAAUGAUACAAGAAAAAGUUGCCAUUUUAUGUGAAAGUCAUGAGUCAUGUUUCGGAGAAAAUAAAUGAGGGAUUAAUACAUUCAAUGAGAAUCAUUGUAAUCCCUCGACAAAUCAAAGUAUUUAAAAAAAAAAGAAAAAAGGUUUGAACUGUAUAGUAAAACUUUUAAAAGUUACAAUAAGACUGUACUAACUUUUUACCUGUCAUGAGGCAUUCCGUUAAUCUUCCAUCUACUCAGACCUUUUUCAAAUUGAUUUUAAUUUUUAUCCCCAAUUUUCACUAAAACGGAAAAUGACAACUUUCCUCUUGCAAAGUUAGUUUUACUCUUGUAAAUUACAAUUUCCACCUUAAAGAAAUAGAACUCAACAUUGCAAUUUGUUUUUUGUGAUAACCUUUUUUCCCCAUCAAGUGCAAAUGUUGCAUAUGAUUUUUUGCCAUAACGUUGAACAUUUUUUCCAAAGUUUUAUCCCUCGAAAAACAUUGUUUUAAGAUGACUAACCCAACUUUCACACUUCACAUGACAUUUGUUCAAAAGAGAAAAAAUCUGACAACAUUCCAACUCUAUUCUUGCAAUAUUGUA